AUGGAUCUCCGACAUGUCUUCAAAGAGGGCACGACUGUGCAGACGUCGGACGUUUGGGAGGAAUAUCGAAGAACUACCGGAGGCGAUAUCCCGGUCGAGAGUGAAGAGACCGAAUCUGAGCGCAACAACGACUCCCUUUCUACAUGCGUGGACGCCCGGACUUCUGUAGACCCGACCCCUGUCGAGAGUGACGAAGCUGAACCUGAACCCGUCGGCGACUCCUCCAUAGAGAACAAUUUCAAACUUGUCUGGGUAGAGAACAGCCCGAAAUGGAAUCCUCCAACGGAACUAGCUCUGCGCAUGGCCAAUGCAUCUUCGUCAACCGACUGGACAGAAGCAUUCCGGAACAUGAACGCGAUGGAGCUUCAAUCGCGUAUAGGAGACUCCCCUGUGACGUUGAAGACUGAGAACCUUUUCACGACUAUCCACAUCAAGCCCAGCAGAGCUGGGUUGAGACAGCUGAAGCAUGCUAUACGCCAACCAGUACAGCCGCCCUACCUGCGAGAAGUCAUCUUUGACUGCCAAGCCAUUCGUACAAGAGAAGAUGUUGACAAUCUCAAAAAGUGCCGGGAGUCACUUGUCGAGAUCCUCGAGAUACUGUACAACCAGACUGGCAAUGCUGUCCAACCGAUCAGAGACGCCUUGAUCAUUCUUCUGGAAGCUUCCUUGUGCGCCAUUGGUACCAAACAAGAGGUCUGGUGCUGUUGGAAUACGGGAGACCCAAAUACCCGCGACCGUUCAAAUGAGAUGGCAUGUCACUGUGGCUUCUUACUCUCAGGCAUUGGCGCUUGGAUAGACGAUGUACCAAAGUUCGAAGUUUGUUUUGAUUAUGGCCUGGACAUUGGACAAUGGACGGUCACGGAGUCCGGUGAGAAGACGGAUGAACAUGAAUUCGACUUUGGCCGGCUGAUGAUCGACGGCUGGCCUGGGAUGAAGCAACAAGGACUUGAUUACAAUCUGGUCGUUUUCGAAGCUAUGCUCAUGACGACUGCUUUGAGAACGAUCGAGUUCCGCAACUCGAAGGUCCAUCUCGGUGGUUUGCUGUCCCUUCUUGACCGCAAUAGGGAUACACUGGACAUUGUUAUACUGGAACAAGUCGACACUGACAACGACCCCGAAGCGUAG